GUUUCACGCACACUCCCACUUUCCUCGUGAUCAGCUCGCAGUCGCAGAUGCCGGCUACGUUGAUCCAAAAUGCCGUCCCUCUCAACCUCCAGGAACUCCUCCGCGCCAUCUUUGCCGCGCCUCCUGGGAGACAGUGAGGAGGCUGAGUGCCGCCUGCGGGAAGCGGAGGAGCGCUUCCGGGAGGCCAUAGAGGAGCUGCAGCGUCGCCAGCGUACGGCACGUGGCCAUCACCCGCUAUGUGACCACGCCGAUGACUCCUGCGUCGCCAACGCGAUUGGCAACCUUUGCCAGUCCUUUCUUCUAUCUUACGGUGUUAGAGUCGGCAUCGGGAUUCUCCUUCGCGCUUUCAAGCUCGCCAGAGGGCAGUCCUAUUCUUCUCUUCUUGAUCUCAAGCAACUUGUCUCAGAGAAAGAUCUUAUAGUAAGAGAAGAAGCAUGUCGUAUUGGUUUGCUUUUUGGUGGCUUCACUGGAUCUUAUCAUGCACUCAGAUGUUUGAUGAGAAAGCUAAGAAAGAAAGAAACCCCAAUGAAUGUAAUUUUAUCAGGUUCAGUUGCCAGUUUGUCUAUUUUAGCACUAGAUGAUUCCAGCAGAAGACGCACGCUUGCUCUGUAUCUUUUGGCUAGGGUUGCCCAGUGUGGUUAUAAUUCUGCAAAGUCUAAGAACAAGUUUCAUCUCUGGGGAAGCCAUUGGAGGCAUGGAGAUUCCUUGCUGUUUGCUUUAGUAUCUGCUCAGGUUAUGUAUGCAUUUGUGAUGCGUCCUGAAACCUUGCCAAAAUCAUAUCGUGAUUUUAUUCAAAAAACUGGUCCGGUUGCAGCUCCUGUUUACAAGGCUGUAAGGGAUAGCUGUCGAGGUGGUCCAGUGGAUAUUGUAUCUUUAUCAGCUUACUUAUCUAGCAAAAGGAAGUCCAACAAUGUGAAGUUGGAAGAGUUCCCUUCUAUUAUUCCUUGUUCUGUUAUUCAUCCAGUCACCAAUUCUUGUUUAGUCCACAAUGCUAAUGCAGCAUCAGCUACAUUCAAGAAAACAUUUCCGCUAUAUUUCUCUUUGACUUUCGUACCAUUUGUUGUUCUACACCUACAGAAGUUCAUGGAUUCCCCUGCUCGAACAUGCUGGCUUGCUGUUAAAGGUGCUGUUCAAUCAACGGCAUUCUUGUCUGCAUUUGUUGGAAUUUUUCAGGGAGUCAUAUGCAUGCACAGAAAGGUUGCACUGAAUGACCACAAGCUGGUAUAUUGGACUGCCGGUGGAAUAUCAGCUCUUUCUGUUCUAUUGGAGAAAAAAUCUAGACGUGCUGAGCUUGCAUUAUAUGUUCUUCCACGAGCAGGAGAUUCAUUGUGGUCUAUUUUAGUGAAUCGCCACCUGCUUCCUAAAAUCAGAAAUGCGGAGGUGGCCUUGUUUUGUGCAUGCAUGGGAGGAAUCAUGUACUAUCUAGAAUAUGAACCAGACACAAUGGCUCCUCUCCUCAGAGGUCUAAUCCGUCGCUUCCUUGCUAGCAGAAUAAACAAUUCGGCUCCUUCAUUUAGUCGGAGUGCUUCCCAUACUUACUUGCAGACUCUGGAUGCCAUGAAGAAGCCAAAGAUACAGAAGAACGAAGAGGCUGAAGCUUCAAAGGCUGAAAAAUACAAUCUUGAGUCAAUACCCGGGCUCUGAGUAUAUUUAUACGGCCACCAUUGCCUCGGUAAUUUCAGCCCCAUAAUUCUUUGCAAUUCAUUGUGAGGUAUAUCACUCACUGCGUAAUAUAUCAGAAUGUCCUCGGGAUUAGCAUUGCUUCAUGCUGAGUUUAGAAAUAAUUAAUUGAAGGGAUUUAUUUGCAGUCCCAAAUAUAGUUUCUCUUCAAGAUCAUCUCUAUCCUCUUGGCUACAAUUUUUUUUUUUUGUCCUUUUGUUGAGGGAAGUCGGGAAGAAAUGAAAUAAAAUUGUAAAGAUUAUAGAAGGGCUAGCCCUGGUAAAUAAUAAUACUCUGUUCUUUCU